ACUUCCUGGCCCUUGGGAUAAAUUCUGCGCUCCUCACAACUUGCCAGAGUCGCUCGGCAAGUCACGUUUCCCCAAGCUGAGGAGUAGAAAUCCCACUUUGCCCACUUUGCCUUCGCGCCCGACUCAAGAAGGAGCGCCUUGUUUUCUCGUCGAAAGUUUUCGCUGCCGUCGCAAGCGGGAUUCGGAGCGCGCGCCCUCGCCGGCAGGCCGCCACCGCGCUCAUUCGGGGAGCGCCGCGUAAGGAGACGCGCGUUUUAUUCUUCCUUUUUUUUUGUGCCUCCCCCACCCCCCCCGUCAGUCGUUUCGCAUGAAUCUUCUCGACCCUUACGUGAAAAUGAGCGAAGAACAGGACAAGUGUCUCUCCGACGCGCCCAGUCCCAGCAUGUCCGAGGGCUCGGCCGGCUCGCCGUGCCCGUCCCAUUUCGGCUCCGGCUCCGGCUCCGGUUCGGACGCGGAGAACGGGCGUCCGUCCGACGCGCGCCUCCUGCGCGGCGCCGACUACAAGAAGGAAGGCGACGAGGAGAAGUUUCCCGUGUGCAUCCGGGACGCCGUGUCGCAGGUGCUCAAGGGCUACGACUGGACGCUGGUGCCCAUGCCGGUGCGCGUCAACGGCUCGAGUAAGAACAAGCCGCACGUCAAGCGGCCCAUGAACGCCUUCAUGGUUUGGGCUCAGGCCGCGCGCCGCAAGCUGGCCGACCAGUACCCGCACCUGCACAACGCCGAGCUCAGUAAAACUCUGGGCAAACUUUGGAGGCUGCUCAACGAGGCCGAGAAACGGCCGUUCGUGGAGGAGGCCGAGCGGCUGAGGGUGCAGCACAAGAAGGACCACCCGGACUACAAGUACCAGCCGAGGCGGAGGAAGUCGGCCAAGAACGGCCAGAGCGAGCCCGAGGACGGCGAGCAGACGCACAUCUCGCCCAACGCCAUCUUCAAGGCUCUGCAGCAGGCCGACUCGCCCGCCUCCAGCAUGGGCGAGCUGCAUUCCCCCGGAGAGCACUCGGGUCAGUCCCAGGGCCCGCCCACACCCCCGACCACCCCCAAGACGGACCUCCCCCCCGGCAAGUCGGAGCUGAAGCGCGAGGGCCGCCCUGUUGCGGAGGGUCCGAGCCGCCAGCUCAACAUCGACUUUGGCGCCGUGGACAUCGGCGAGCUGAGCAGCGAGGUCAUCUCCAACAUGGGCAGCUUUGACGUGGACGAGUUCGACCAGUACCUGCCGCCCCACAGCCGGGCCGCCGCCCAAGGCGUCUACGCCGGGGGCUACGGCGCGGCCGGCUCCUCGGUGGCCCCCCAGGGGAGCAGCGUCGGGGCCUGGAUGUCCAAGCAGCAGCAGCAGCAGCAGCAGCAGCAGGUCUCUCUGAGCACCCUGUCGGGCUCGUCGGCAGGCGAGCCGGCCCAACAGCGAGCCGCUCAGAUCAAGACGGAGCAACUCAGCCCCAGUCACUACGGCGAGCAGCAGCAGCAGCAGCAGCAGCAGCAGGGGGGGGCCUCCUCCCCCCAGCACGUGGCCUACGGCUCCUUCAGCCUGCAGCACUACAGCGCCUCCUCGUACCCGGCCGUCAGCAGGGCCCACUAUGACUAUUCCGAGCAGCAGGCGGGCGCCUACUACUCUCACUCGGCGGCUUCGGGCCAAGGCUCCGGCGGCCUCUACUCCGCCUUCAGCUACAUGAGCGCCAGCCAGAGGCCAAUGUACACCUCCGUCGCCGACGGCGCCGGGGUGCCGUCGGCGCCGCCCGCCCACAGUCCGCAGCACUGGGAACAGCAGCCCAUCUACACCCAGCUGUCCCGGCCGUGAGGACUGGCCCCUGCCUGCGCCGUUCUAAAAAAAAAACACACAAAAAAACCCCCACAUUGACACCCCCCCUACCCCCCCUAGUUGCCUCUCUCUGGGGUCACCGAUUGCGUCGCGGUCCAUUCACCUGAGUUUGGUGCCGGCAGCGUAAGUUGAGUUCCCACUCGGUGGCGGUGCAAACGGUUGUCCGUCUCUUCCAUAUCUUGCCUGCGACCGGUCCCGGGCGUGGUCCGUCCGGGAAGGUGUCCCGCAGGCCCGAACGGAAUAUGGAGUUCCAGAACAGAGUGCACGGAAAGGAAGGACGGAUGCGUCUCUCCGGAUGGGCUCCGGCAGUGCCUUUUUGGAACGCUGAUUCUAUUUUUCUAGAUCUAAUGCGAGAAUAAAUCCUCCGUGAGGACAUAGUGCUUGAAAUCUAUUUUAGUAUGUACUGCGUAUGUGUUGUGUCGCUCAGCUAAUCCGCUGGAAAUGUCUUCAAGGAGCAGAAAUGCUGGCUAGAAUGGGGG